AUGCCGGGAGUGGUAGUCCUGAGUGGAGAAAGAAGCAUGGCGGCGCCGCCGCCUCAGCAGCAGCAGCUGGCCCAGGCUCCGUCUCAGGGGCCGCCUCCCGCCGUCGCCGGGGUGCCUCCCGGGCAGCAACCGCCGGCCCAGGCCGCAGCAGCCGGCGCGCCUCAACUGCAGGCCCCAUCCGGGCUCCAGGUGGCCGCGCAGGCGCAGGACUUCGACCCCGUCCAGCGGUUCCGACUGUUGCUGCCGCAGCUGAAGGAGAGCCUGCAGAACCUGAUGAAAGUGGCCGCUCAGAACUUCAUUCAAAACACAAACAUCGACAGCGGACAGAAAAGCACCGAUGGGCCGGUGCAGAGGGUGGACAAGACCCUCGAGGAGUUCUACGCCUUGUGUGACCAGCUGGAGCUGUGCCUGCGCCUGGCCUACGAGUGCCUCUCGCAGAGUUUCGACAGCGCCAAGCACUCCCCGACGCUCGUGCCGACGGCCACCAAGCCCGACGCGGUCCAGGCGGAGAGCCUGCCCUACACCCAGUACCUCAGCAUGAUCAAGUCCCAGAUCUCCUGCGCCAAGGACAUCCACAACGCCCUCCUGGAGUGCUCCAACAAGAUCACCGGCAAGGUGCCCUCCCAGGGCGUCUUGUAACCCGCGGCCUGCCCAGAGGCUUCCAGG